AAUGUAUGUAAUCAGAAGUACAAAGAUGGUUUUUCGUAGUCCGCUACAUUUGUGACGCUUCAAAUAGUUUAUUUCUUUAUUUUUUUAUCUUGUUGAAAAAAAAAACUUACAAAUCCAUAAAUGUUACUUGGUGUUGAGAAUUGAACUAUAAUUUUAAACAAAUACUAAUUUUGAAGUGAAAUUUAGAGGAAAAGAAAAACUGGAAUCCACAUCAAUAGUAUCCAGAGACGAGCGAGCAUACAACCGUUUUUGUUUAAUUGACAAAAUCAAUUUUUCCGGAUCUCUGCAAAAUGGACAGUGAAAACCAUAAUAACGAUUCCAGUAACCAGCAAGAAACACGGAAUAACACAGUUGAAGCGAUGGAUACAGAAGAAGAGCCCACAAUGCCCGUGCCGGCAACGGUGAAUGAAAACAGUAACGAAGUGGCCGAUGUUCAAAUGGAGGACGAAGAAAUGAGAUCGGAGGCAACAUUCACUUUUGUUGUACAUGAUUUUAGUAAAAUGAAAGACUCCAUAUUGUCGCCACCAUGCUAUGUCCGAAACCUGCCGUGGAAAAUAAUGGUGAUGCAACGCACGAAUUCGAGUGACCGAGGUCAGGACACUAGAUCGAUGGGAUUCUUUUUACAAUGUAAUGCUGAAAGUGAAUCGUCUAGUUGGUCGUGCAAUGCAAAGGCUGAAUUAAAAUUGAUGUCACAGAAACCCGAUCAGGAGCCAUUUGUACGACAAAUUAAACAUUUAUUCUACAGUAAAGAGAACGAUUGGGGUUUUUCACAUUUUAUGAAUUGGAAUGAGAUAUUGGAUCCAGACCGGGGCUAUAUUCAGGAUGAUAAAAUUGUGUUGGAGGUGCAUGUGUGUGCCGAAGCGCCGCACGGUGUAUUCUGGGAUUCAAAAAAGCAUACAGGCUUCGUUGGAUUGAAAAAUCAAGGCGCUACAUGUUACAUGAAUUCGCUACUUCAGACACUCUAUUUUACAAAUCAAUUGCGUAAGGCUGUUUAUAAAAUGCCAACCGAAGCCGAUGACAGCACAAAAUCGGUGGCAUUGGCAUUGCAACGCGUUUUUUAUGAUUUACAAUUUUGCGACAAACCAGUGGGAACAAAGAAACUGACUAAAAGUUUCGGAUGGGAAACGUUAGAUUCAUUUAUGCAGCAUGAUGUUCAGGAAUUUUUGCGUGUACUAUUGGAUAAGGUUGAAAGUAAAAUGAAACGUACAUGUGCCGAAGGUACGGUGCCCGCAUUAUUUGAAGGCAAAAUGUCAUCGUACAUAAAAUGCAAAAAUGUCAACUACACAAGCACACGAAUGGAAACCUUCUACGAUAUUCAAUUGAAUAUCAAAGGCAAAAAGAAUAUUUAUGAAUCCUUCAAAGACUACAUUGCCAAGGAAUCAUUGGAGGGUGACAACAAAUAUGAUGCUGGCGAACAUGGUCUUCAAGAUGCUGAAAAGGGAGUGAUUUUUGUUAAAUUUCCGCCCGUACUGCAUUUACAUUUGAUGCGUUUUCAAUACGAUCCAAUCACAGAUAAUUCGGUGAAAUUUAACGAUCGCUUUGAAUUUUACGAACACAUCAAAUUAGACGAUUAUCUACAAAGUUCAGAGGAUACGCCAGCCGAUUAUACACUGCAUGCGGUUCUUGUGCAUUCAGGCGAUAAUCAUGGUGGCCAUUAUGUAGUUUACAUUAAUCCAUAUGGUGAUGGAAAAUGGUGUAAAUUCGAUGACGAUGUGGUGUCGAAGUGUAAUAAAGCCGAAGCCAUUGAACAUAAUUACGGUGGCGUUGACGAUGAUUUGAGCUUGAAUGCCAAACACUGUAGCAAUGCGUACAUGUUGGUUUAUAUAAGAAAUUCAGCGAUGCAGCAAGUGCUACAAGAGAUCAAAGAGUCCGACAUCCCAUCGGAGUUGAUUGAUCGAUUAGCCGAAGAACGACGUAUGGAACAAGUGCGACGACGUGAACGAAGCGAAGCAAAUACGUACAUUACCAUUAAUGUAUUGCUCGAAGAAUAUUUUGAGGGUCAUCAAACGACUGAUUUAUUCGAUUUGGAAAAGGUUCAUUGUCGCUCAUUCAAAAUGAAAAAAACUCAAACAAUCGCCGAUCUAAUGAAUACAUUUAAAGAUGCAUUUUAUACGCCAAUAUCGCAUAUGCGUUUAUGGCCAUUAGUUUCACGACAAAAUCAGUUGACGCGACCGUCAUUCUUCUACUACAAGGACGAUCAAAAUAAAGCAAUUAUUCAAUGUGCUGAACUACAAAAUCCGUGGCUUGUAUUUUUGGAGCUUUUGCCACCAGAUUCUGGUCAACAAGCGUUGCCACCAUUCAACAAAGAACGAAACGUGCUUUUAUUCUUUAAGUUCUACGAUCCGGCCAUGAAACGAUUGAAUUAUUGUGGACUUGGCUAUUAUAAUAUCACACAGAAAGUAAGCGAACUGGUGCCUGAUUUGAAUCGGCGUGUCGGAUGGCCAGCCGACACAGAACUAACACUUUACGAAGAACAGGGAUCCAAUAUGGUUCAAAAAAUUACAAAUCUUAAUGACACUCUGGAAAAACUCGAUUUAAUGGACAAUGACGAUGUUAUAAUUUUCGAAAAGAAACAUUGUGAUGAUAAUCUGGAGUUGGCAACAUGUGAAGAUUACUUCAAGGAUUUAUUGUAUCGAGUUGAGGUAGUUUACAUUGACAAAACUAAUCCAAAUGAUGCCGGUUUCACGCUAGAAUUGUCACAAAGAAUGUCUUACGAACAAAUGGCGAACGCCGUAGGACAAAAAAUGAACGUCGACCCAAACACAAUACAGUUUUUCAGAUGCCAAAAUUACAAAGAUUUACCAGGCAAUGCAAUCAAAUCAGCAUACGAAGGUCCACUCAAAGAUUUUCUAAUUUAUAGUAAACCGAAAUCAGUAAAGAAAUUGUUUUAUCAAAUUUUACCAAUGAAUAUUAAUGAAUUAGAAAACAAAAAACAAUUCAAGUGCUUUUGGCUUACGCCGAAUAUGAAAGAGGAAAAAGAAUUAGUUCUAUAUCCAAAUAAAAAUGGCACAGUUAAAACGCUAAUCGAAGAGGCUGCCAAACAUGUUGAAUUCAGCGAAGAUGGCACACAUCAACUUCGAAUGGUGACAAUUCAAGGCUACAAAAUUGGACCCGGACCACGUGAAGACACUGAACUUGAACAUUUGCAUCAACAUGGUGAUCAAAAUGUGUCACAGCAAAUAUUCUAUCGCUUUGAAGAGAUUCCACCAUGUGAAUUGAAUUUGGCCGAUGAUGAGAUGCUCAUACCCGUAUCACAUUUUUAUAAAAAUGUCCAUGAACUAUUUGGCAUACCGUUCUUUGUGAAAGUGAAACAGGGCGAACAAUUUUGCCAACUAAAAAAUCGCUUACAAAAUAAACUCGGUAUUCCAGACAAAGAAUGGGAAAAGUAUAAAUUCGCACUGAUUACAAUGGGACGAGCCGAGUAUAUCAACGAAGAUGACGUUGUAAUUAAUUUGGCUGAUUUCAAAAACAGUAGCAAUAAUCAACCAGGAGGAACUCCGAUGUGCUUUUUGGGCUUGGAGCAUGUGAAUAAAACACAGCGCCGAUCACGUUUCAAUUACUUGGAAAAGGCUAUCAAAAUUUAUAACUAAGUGAAUACCUAGCCCGCGGGCGAAAUACAGCAACGUUUCGCUGAAAUGAAAGAAAUUUAAACAAAACAAAAACAACAACAACAACAACAAACAGCAUGGGUUAGGAUGGGGCACAUAUGACAUUGAUUACUAAAUAUAUCUAAAAACGGUUACAGUCAAAACAACAGCAACAACAAACGCUAUGAGUGAGCCGAUCUAAAAAAAAAACAUACAAAACACACAAAUCGCCUGUAAUUGAAGGUUCCAAAAGAAACCCACGCCUACACCCACACACACAUACUGUGCAUGCUAAAAAUGAAUGGAGGAGAAUUAAGAGGAGAAUAAAUUUGUAAAAAUAUUUAUUACGCUGCGCUUACAUUUAUUUCUUUACUGAUGUUCACUUGUUCUCAACAUAAAAAAGAGAGCCGAAUACCUUAUCUCUCCUUUUAUUUUUAACGAAUUAGAAUAUUUAAAUUACUUAAAAAAAGAAGAUAACAAAAAUUUGAUCCUGUUUGCCACAAAUAGAAGCGUUUAUUAAAUUAUUGUAAUUUUCUCUUUGUAUCUCUCUCAA